AUGUUCUCAGCACUGCUGGUCAUAGAUGUUCAAAAAUGUUUCAUCGAAGGAGGAUCUCUACCUAUCAACGGCGGUCGUCAACUUGUUCCCCUCAUAAAUGAAAUGCUUCACAAUUACAAAAAAUACUUCAAAAAAGUUAUAUUCAGUUUAGACUUUCAUCCUGCUAACCAUAUUUCAUUCGCCUCUCAACAUCUCAACAAAUCCGUUCUAGAUCAUGUAACUUUAAACUAUGAUAAAAACGGGGCAUUUAAAUUCGUUCAAACUCUAUGGCCUGAUCAUUGUGUUGAGAAUACAACAGAUUCUAAACUGGCCGAUGAAUUAAAUUUUGAAAUCGAUGACGUUACAUUGCUAAAAGGAACCGAUCAAAACAUCGAUUCAUACUCUGCAUUUUAUGAUGUAGGAAGGUUCUCCCAAACUGCACUACAUAGCAUCCUAACACAAAAUAACAUCAAAAAUGUUUUUGUUGUCGGUAUUGCAACUGACUUUUGCGUUAAAUUUACCGCUUUAGACGCCAAUUAUUUAGGAUACACAGUUUAUGUUGUUGAAGAUCUUACAAGAGGCGUUUCUGAAAAUUCAGUCAAAGAAGCGUUGAACGAAAUGGAACAAGAUGGUUUAUUUGUCAAUUUAAAUAUUUGUAAAAAAAAUUAA